UAAAGUAGGCUAUCAAGUUUUUAACAAACAUUAAAUCAGUCGAGAAUUGCGCUUAACUCAUUUUUUUUUUGUUUCAGGGAAUUUAAGAGAAUUUCAAUUAUAAUUUAGCCCACAUCGACUUUAAAGUCUUAAAGGAACCUCUACAACAUAAUUUUAGCAAACAGAAGAUCCAUCGAGAAUUCAAUUUUAAUCUAUAGUUUCAUAGUAUAUUUUUUUGUGCAAUUUUUCCUAUAAUUUUUCUCUCAAAGAAAAGUUCCAAUUGGAAAAUGAGCAUGGUCGACUAUCGCCUGUAUUUGUGCAGCAAGUGCUGCCGGCGCUGCCUGUGGCACGAGCUGUCCCCCCAGGAGCAUCGCUGCGCACGCUGCCGGCUGCCGCUGCAAUCCUGCGAGAUCUGUGAUCGCCGCUUCGAGCCGCGGGAUCGGCAGGAGCUGUACUGCAAGCGCUGUGACUUCCAUUUGGUAAAGCAGGCCUUGCAUACGCCGCCGCCAGUUCUGGAGCUGGAUCUGGAUACGGAAACGGAACCGGAAACGGAAGCGGAACUCGAUCUAAUUGAACCGCCACGCGAUCGCUCGAUGGCACAGCGCUGGAGCGACAUCAAGUCGGCAGCGGGCAUCGAGGACGAUCCAUGUUUCCUUGAGUGAUGUCCAGGCUAGGGUAUUAUUUCCUUGACCCCAAGUGCUCCAUAAAAAUAUAUACCUAGCUCUGCUAUGAUCACACUUCAA